AGGGGGCGGAGUCAUGAUGUCACCUGGAGCUGGAGGGGGGAGGGUGAUGAAGAUCCGCCUCUCUCUCUCUCUCUCUUUCUCUCUCUUUGUGGGAAAGUUGUUCCUCAGUGCGGCUGUAAACAGUCGUCUGAACAAACACAGCCUCUCUAACAUGUCGUCUUAAAGUAGAAACAGAAGAGUUACUAUGCAGAGCAGCGGAUACUGGACGUUUCUCUCCACAUAUUCAGGGUUUCUGGUGGAUUUUGAGUCUCCUACAACCGGAUAAAGAGAGAGAGAGAGAGAGAGAAGCUUCCUUGGCGGAGGGAUAACAACCAGAUGAGAAACAUGAUACUGAUGAUGGCGCUUCUGCUGGCUCAGCUGCCAACAGAGCUGCUGUCCAUCCAGGUGAUUGUUCCAGAGACGGAGAGGAGUACAACUCUGUUUGCCUCUGUGAUCAUUCGCUGUGACUACUCGACUUCAGCGAACCCUCAGGACGUCCUGGUCACCUGGAGGUACAAGUCCUUCUGCAAAGACCCGGUGCUGGAGUUCUACUCCACAGGCUAUCAGGCCGCUCUGCAGCUGGGUCAGGACCCCGCCAAUGACUGCCCCGACCGCCAGCGCACGGUCCGCACCGUGAUCCAGAAGAGGGGCAUUAAUGAGCCCAUGCUGGGCGCAGAAUACAGAGAACGUAAAAUUACCAUUCAAAACAAGGCUGACCUGGUCAUCACUGAGGUGAUGUGGUGGGAUAACGGCGUGUACUUCUGCAGCAUCGACGCUGCCGGUGACACGACGGGUGACUCGGAUCGUGAAGUCAAACUCAUCGUAUACCACUGGCUGACCGUCCUGUUGAUCAUCAUCGGCGCUCUCCUACUCAUCAUGCUCCUCUGCAUAUGUUGCUGUCAGUGCUGCCCGCAGAAGUGCUGCUGCUACGUCCGCUGCCCGUGUUGUCCUCAAACAUGCUGCUGUCCGGAGAAAGCUGUGAUGCAGCACAGGAUGAUACGAGAUGCUCAGAAGGCUAUGGCUCCUUGGGCGACCGGUCAACCCAUUUAUGCUCCAAUUAGCUCCAACCUCUCCUCCCAGGGCGUUCCCAUACUGUAUUCAGGCUCAUACUCGGACUACCCCACCAAACAAAACUUUGCCAUGGCUCCCAUGCAGCUGCCCCCCAUGGCCCUGCAGCAUCAGCAUCAGCAUCAGCCUCCUCCUCUACACCACGUGAACGGCAGUGUGCACAGCAGCGCUCGUGGUGGCACUGGUCAGGUGUUGGACUACCUGGAGAACCAGGUGAGGGGGCUGGACGUGGCUCCAUACACUCACCAAAAUGUGCACCCAUUACAGCCUCAACUUCAGCCUCAGCCGAGGGCUCCUCCGGCAGUCCCCUACACGCCGGGGCCCCCGAGCAUGUUGUCAGCCCUGGGUGACAUGGGAGUGAGAGGGGUGGAGAGAAGGGUGAUCACCCUGCCUCCUAUAAUCCAGCGUGUGCCCAGCUUUUCCUCACGUAGGGGGCCUGGAGGCGGUCAGUCCAGUGGGAGUACAAACCGCUCCGGGGGAGGUCUCCCACGUGACAGCCGCGUCGGCUAUAGAGACGUCUCUCCUCCCAGACGAGGGAUCCUGCGGGAAAACAGCGAUGACUCCGAAUGGGAGAACAGGCGACCACAAAGGAGUUCGAGGAAUGCGAGAGGAGACUCGGCCGGAAGGAGAGGAGGUGGAUCCAGGCCGCGCGCUCGUAGUCGUGACGACCUGAUGGAGGAGCUGCAGAGCAGAGCAGCUCGGAGGGAGAGGAGCUAUUCACCUCCUCUGCGUCGCAAAGGAUCCUGGAGCUCCGAUGAGGAGGAGGACAGCAGGAGAAGGAAAGGAGGUAAAGGGAAGGAUUGGCCAGAGAAGCCCCCCAGCUACUCCUCCAUUGAGAGCCAGCCUGUACGCAGUAACGGCCGGAGGACCUACGACCGCCUCUCUGAUAGAAGUUCCCAUAGCGCCACCAGCUAUAUCAUCUGAAGCAUUUCUAUCUUUUUUUUUUUUUUUUUACUUUUUCCUGAAUGUUUCCAGAACGGUGAAAAUGAAGACAAACAGUACGUACCUUCAUUUGUUCAAUCAGCGUGCAAGAAUAUAGUUGUCGUGAAAUGUGAUUGUGACUCCUGAAAAAUGUACUGCAUGGAUAUACUUUCACUCGGUAUGCACUGUAUGUGAUUGCAAUGAAGAAUAUGAUUUAUGCAUGAAGAAAAUCUGUUCAGUUGAGGCUUUAAAUUGCAGAUAAUAUGCAGUUAUAUUAAGCCUGUGUGUGAUUAUUGUCCUAGCUGUAAUAAAUGGUGUAACUUGUGUCUGGUGAUGGAUAAAAGUAUCCUUCUUUAAGUGUUUGUGAAGUAAAUGUUCAUCAGUUUCAACUAGCAGAUUGUUGGAUACUGUGAGAUCUUGUGGGUUAUUUAGGUCCAUUAUCCUGAACACGUUAUGUGAGACAGAUACAGUGUCUAUUUGUUUUGUUUUUUUAAAUAAUUUCUUAUUUUUGCAUAAUUUCUUGUACUAUUUAAAGUCUUUUUUUACCUUUCAUCCAUAAUAACAUUAUUAGAUAGCAAUAAAAAAUGUGUUGUAUUUUAUUACAAACAUGAAUAGAGAUGUAUUGUGAUGAAAAGUGUUAAAUAAACCUUUUUAGAUA